AUGUCGCGAGAGGGAAACAAAGAAGGAAGGGAGCAAGGAAGAGUGUCCGGAGACAGCAGGCGAGAAGAGAGGAUGGAUGUACGAAGGAGGGAUGUAGGUGUGCAAGUGAAUAUGGAGGAAGAAAGGAUGGGCAACUCGGAAGAUGAUGUGCAGACGAAGGAUUCUCAGACCUCAAGUUCAGGAGAAGUUGAGCCCUCCAUUCUGAGCACAGCGGCAAAACGAGAGCAAAAGAAGGGUAGAGGCCGUCGAAAGGCGAAGAAAGACAGGUUGUGGCAGGGACGAAAGGCUAGUCUGGGGUAUGGUGUUGGGUCCAGUUCUGGUAGAGGGAGAGUCAAAUGUGUGAGCUGUGGAAGGCCGCAUAAGGGAGUGUGUCUUGCACGGACAACAGCAUGUUUCACGUGUGGACAAGAAGGGCACUUUGCGCGUGACUGUCCUACUUCGCCCAGGGUGGUACAAGCCCAGCGGUUCGCUACCAGGAAUGUAGGUCAGGCCAGUCACCAGGGACGUAGAGGAGCAGACACAGCGGACACAGUGAUGCCAGAAGUUGCUGCACUUGCUGAAACUGUCAAAAUUACACCAGAAAUUACAGAAUUUGCUGCUGUCCAAGUUGCUGAAAAUAGAGACAGCAACUGCUGUCAAACUGCCACAACCACUGCUGCCCAUAAAUCAGCACCAGCCGAAGUACCUGUUACAUCCCCUGCUGCUGUCCAUAAACCAGCAACUGCCGGAAGUGCCCCAACUGAACCAAAAUCUGCUGAAAUUUCUGAAACAAACCAGCCCCCUGGAGAAUCCAGCACAACUAGAUUGCUAGCACAGGUAAAACAAAUUCCAAGGUAUGCCAAGUUUCUCAAAGAGCUAUGCACCAACCGAAGAAAACUUGCUGAACGUGAGAAGGUAAGUGUGGGGGAGUGUGAUGAGUGCAAACCUGUUCGUGAGGCACAAAGAAGGCUAAAUCCACCUAUGAUGGAGGUUGUAAAGAAGGAGAUUAUGAAGCUCCUAGACAUUGGGGUAAUCUACCCCAUUUCUGACAGUAAAUGGGUGAGUCCCAUCCAUGUGGUACCAAAGAAGACAGGGAUUACCAUUGUCCCUAAUUCUGAAGGAGAGCUAGUACCCACUCGUAUACAAAAUGGGUGGAGAGUUUGCAUGGACUAUAGGAAGCUCAACACAGCCACAAGGAAGGACCACUUUCCCUUGCCAUUUAUGGAUCAAAUGCUUGAAAGACUUGCUGGAAAGAGUCAUUACUGCCUCCUAGAUGGAUAUUCGGGGUUUUAUCAAAUCCCCGUUGCACCUGAAGACCAAGAGAAGACCACUUUCACAUGCCCAUUUGGCACAUUCGCAUUUAGGAGGAUGCCCUUCGGUCUUUGCAAUGCACCAGCCACCUUCCAAAGGUGCAUGAUAAGCAUUUUUUCUGACUAUGUGGAGAAGAUCAUUGAAGUCUUCAUGGAUGACUUUACGGUAUAUGGCAACUCAUUCCAUGAAUGCCUAACCAACUUGGAGAAGAUACUUCAAAGGUGUUUGGAGACAAACUUGGUUCUCAACUAUGAGAAAUGCCACUUCAUGGUCAGCCAUGGCUUAAUCUUAGGCCAUAUUGUUUCAGCAAAAGGGAUUGAGGUGGACAAAGCCAAAAUUGACACCAUCAAAAAUCUGCCCUACCCAACCAGCAUUAGGGAGAUUAGAUCAUUCCUUGGACAUGCUGGUUUUUACAGGAGGUUUAUCAAGGAUUUUUCUAAAAUAACUCAGCCUCUUUGCAGAUUGUUACAGCAGGAUGUACCCUUCAACUUUGAUGACAGCUGCAAAUCAGCCUUUGAUUUGAUCAAAUCACUCCUAAUUUCUGCCCCAGUCAUCCAGCCACCUGAUUGGACCCUUCCAUUUGAGAUCAUGUGUGAUGCCAGCAACUUUGCUGUAGGUGCGGUAUUGGGACAGCGUGUAGGUAACUCUCCUCAUGUCAUUCACUAUGCCUCACGCACCCUAGAUGCUGCACAAUGCAAUUAUUCCACCACAGAGAAAGAGUUGUUGGCUGUUGUGUUUGCAUUGGAGAAGUUUAGACCCUAUCUACUUGGUACAAAGGUGAUUAUAUACUCAGAUCAUGCUGCACUAAGGUAUUUAAUCAAGAAAAAGGAAUCCAAACCUAGGCUGGUGAGAUGGAUAUUGCUGUUACAAGAGUUUGACUUGGAGAUCCGUGACAAGAAAGGCAAGGAGAACCUUGUGGCGGAUCACCUCAGUAGAAUUCUGACCGAGAUGGAGACAUGCCCCAUCAAUGAGACCUUCCCUGAUGAGCACCUCUUUGCUGUCCAAGAAGAGGAACCAUGGUAUGCUGAUAUUGUUAAUUUCCUUGCCAUAGGUGAUUUGCCCAAACACAUAAGAGACAAGAUCAAGAAAGAGGCAAGGUAUUAUGUGUGGGAUGAGCCUUACCUAUGGAAGCAUUGUGCAGACCAAGUCAUAGGGAGAUGCAUUCCAAACCAUGAAACAAAUGGGCUGGCUGAAGUGUCAAAUAGGGAGAUCAAGUCAAUCUUAGAGAAAACAGUUUGCCCAAGUCACAAAGAUUGGAGUUUGCGCCUAAAUGAUGCCUUAUGGGCAUAUAGAACAGCAUAUAAAACUCCAAUUGGGAUGUCUCCAUAUAGGCUGAUUUAUGGGAAAGCAUGCCAUCUACCUGUGGAACUUGAACACAAGGCCUAUUGGGCUGUGAAGAGCUGCAAUCUUGAUAGAGAAGAGGCUGGAAUCUACAGGAAAUUACAGAUUCAAGAACUUGAAGAAAUUAGGCGUGAUGCAUAUGAAGCUUCAUGGGAUUAUAAAGCAAGGACCAAAGCCUUCCAUGACAAAAACAUCUCCAGAAAACACUUCCAGGUUGGUGAUAAGGUUUUGCUUUUUGAUUCAAGGUUCAAACUAUUCCCUGGAAAGCUUCGGUCAAGGUGGAUUGGACCAUUCUUGGUUGAACAUGUCUACCCACAUGGAGCUGUUGACAUUCGGAGCCCACAAACAAGCAAAGUUUUCAAGGUUAAUGGGCAUCGUUUGAAGAGAUUCUAUGAAGGUUUUACUGUUCAUGUUGUGGAGGAGGUCCCCUUGGAUCCCCCCUCCCAAGAUUGCUGAGCAAAACACUGAAGUCCAGCCCAAGACAGAAAACAGGGCGCUACUGGGAGGCAG